AUGUCUACCUUUCAAAUUCAAGACAGUAACGUAGAGGUUACACUUUGUGAAGGUAUCACCAAGGAUGAACUAUUGAGUUUUCCAGCCUUUAAAUCAUGGCAUAAUCGCCUAACUGAAUCUCUCGCUCUACAAGGCAAAUCCUCUGAUCAUCCCUUCCAUUCCGAUCCCUAUCAGCUCCGCUCUGUUAAAAUCCAAUCACUCGACCGCUGGGGCAAGCGCAUCGGUUUUAUCAAGAUCAGCAGUAAAAUCACAAAUGAAGCAGGCGAGUCUCUGCCCGGGGACAUCUUCCUUAGAGGCCCAAGUGUUGGAAUGAUGGUCAUUGUUCAACCCGAAGACGCAAAAAAACCUGACGAGGAAAGAUGGGUUGUGAUGACUGUUCAACCUCGACCUGCUUCAGGGAGUUUAGCAUUUAUUGAAUUACCAGCCGGCAUGGUUGAUGAUGGAACGUUCAAAGGUGCAGCUGCGAAGGAAAUUGAAGAGGAGCUGGGCUGGACAAUACCGGCAGAUCAAUUGACCAACUUGAGCGAACUGGCUAUUGGUGAUGGAGCGAACAAAGAGGGAGAAGUGUUACCGAGGGCAAUGUUUCCUAGUGCCGGGGGCUGUGAUGAGUAUAUCCAAGUCUUCUUGCAUGAGAAGAAGAUCUCAAGAGAGGAGUUGAAGGAGACCACAGGGAAGCUUACGGGGUUGAGAGACGAGGGCGAGAAGAUUACACUUAAACUGGUGAAACUGGAGGAUUUGUGGAAGGAGGGCGCAAGGGACAGUAAGGCUUUGACCGCUUGGGCUCUCUAUGAUGGAUUAAAGCGAACAGGAAAGCUAUGA